GCCUCAACCUCAGGCUCAUUUCCAAAUGCGCUCCGCAUUAUCCCUCCAAAACUCAUUUUCGCUUCCCGCCUAACCCAUUUCUCCUCUUAUUAAAAAAAGAACAAAAACCCUAAUUUUUAGUUCAUCCAAAACCUCAUCUGUUUCUCUUCACUCUGCAUUUCUUACAUACACGGUCCCCUCAUUGCGUUUUUCUCCUGCUCUGCGGUGGCCGGACUCCCACAGCAUCAUGGCUGGGAAGCGAAAAACGACGACUUCACCUGGAGACGCGUCUUCCAAGCAGCCAAAAAAAGUGGUCGCAGAAGAGGAGGUGGUUCAGUUGAAUAGUGAAGAGGAGGAAGUUAAUCAGGUGGAUGAACAAGGUGCUAAGAUGAGCUCUGAUGUGAAACCUCAUUCUGAAAAGAGUGACAGUCGUAGAUCUGCUGAAAAUGCUGCUUCUGAGGAGGAAUCGACUAAAAAUGAGAGUGUCAGUGGUCAUGUUACCGAUGAAGAUGGGCCUGAAGCUAGAUUUGUCGGUGAUCCUUUGCCUGAUGAAGAGGCUAGAACUCGGUGGCCUCAUCGCUAUGUGAAGAAGUCAAACAAACAAGCAAUUGGAUCAAAGAGUUCAAAUGUUAAGGAUGACUGUGAAGAGAUCUUACCAGCUCGACGCCAUUAUACACAAGCAGAGGUUGAUGGACGCUUGAUCUAUAAUCUUUAUGAUGAUGCUCAUGUCAAAGCUGAGGAUGGAGAGGACAGCUAUAUAUGCAAGAUUGUGGAGAUGUUUGAGGCCACUGAUGGAAAAUGUUACUUCACUGCUCAAUGGUUCUAUAGAGCUAGGGAUACAAGCAUCAAGCACGCCUACGAUAUCGAUAAAAAACGUGUUUUCUUUUCAGAGAUUCGGGAUGACAACCCAUUGGAUUGUCUUGUUGAGAAGCUGAAUAUUGUUAAGAUGCCUUUAAAUAUGGAUUUAGAAGGAAAAAAGGCAAAGAUCCUUUCAUGUGAUUAUUUUUGUGAUAUGCUCUACUUACUUCCAUACUCCACCUUUGUUAAAUUACCACCAGAGAAUUUAACUGCUAGCAAUGAGAGCUCAUCCACAUUAUCUAGUGAUGAUGAUGUAAACGAGGUGAAGUCUACUAGUGAUGCUCAUAAAAAAUCAGAGGUUACAUUGCUGGAUUUGUAUUCUGGUUGCGGUGCUAUGUCAACAGGCCUGUGCCUUGGUGCCAAUUUGUCUGGCUUAAACCUUGUUACAAAAUGGGCUGUUGACUUGAAUAAAUAUGCUUGUGAGAGUCUAAGAUUAAAUCACCCUGAGACAGAGGUGAGGAAUGAAUCUGCAGAGGAUUUUUUGUUGUUGCUAAAUGAAUGGGAGAAACUUUGCAUUAGGUUUUCACUUAUAAGUAGCAAUGAUCCAGAAAAGCAGCAGUCUUAUCCUUUUGAUUCAGAAGAAGAAGGAGAUGUGCAAGGGGAUGAUGAAGAUGAGAAUGAUGAUGAAGUUUUUGAAGUAGCAAAGGUGCUCCAAAUUUGCUACGGUGACCCAAAGGAGAAAGGGGAGCGUGGAUUACACUUUAAGGUUAGCUGGAAGAAUUAUGGCCCUGAAUAUGACACAUGGGAACCCAUUGAUGGUUUGGGUAACUGUCAGGAAGCUAUAAAGGAGUUCGUCACAAAUGGGUACAAGUCAAGGAUUCUACCAUUGCCGGGUGAUGCAGAUGUGAUUUGUGGGGGGCCGCCAUGUCAAGGCAUUAGCGGAUUCAACCGUUUUAGAAAUAGAAAUAAUCCUUUGCAAGAUGAAAAAAACAAGCAACUCAUAGUUUUCAUGGAUGUUGUAAAGUUUCUGAAGCCAAAGUUCGUUUUAAUGGAGAAUGUAGUGGAUAUUCUUAAAUUUGCUGAUGGAUUCCUAGGGCGAUAUGCCAUGGGUCGACUUAUUGAGAUGAACUAUCAAACAAGAAUUGGCAUGUUGGCUGCUGGGGCAUAUGGGCUUCCUCAGUUUCGGAUGCGUGUUUUUCUUUGGGGUGCCCGCCCUACUGAGAAGUUGCCGCAGUACCCACUUCCCACACAUGAUGUCAUUGUCCGAGGCGUUGUUCCUGUUGAGUUUGAGAGUAAUGUUGUAGCAUAUAACGAAGGCUGUGUAGCUCAGUUGGAAAAGAAGCUUUUUCUGGAGGAUGCAAUAUCUGACCUCCCUCCAGUCGAGAACAAUGAACAUCGCGAUGAAAUGCCUUAUACGACAGAUCCUAAAACAGAAUUUCAGCGGCAGAUUAGAUUAAGGAAAGAUGAAUUGCUAGAUGCUUCAUUGAAGUCAAAUCCAUCAGAAUGCUUGCUGUAUGAUCAUCGUCCACUUGAGCUGAAUAAUGAUGAUUAUCAGCGUGUUUGCAGGAUACCAAAGAAAAAGGGAGGAAACUUUAGAGAUCUUCCAGGUGUUCGUGUACGUCCUGAUAACAAAGUUGAAUGGGAUCCAGAUGUUAAGAGGGUUUAUCUGGAUUCAGGAAAGCCUUUGGUUCCGGAUUAUGCCAUGACUUUUGUGAAUGGGACGUCAUCAAAGCCAUUUGCCCGUCUUUGGUGGGAUGAGACUGUACCAACUGUCGUUACAAGGGCUGAACCUCACAACCAGGCAAUUAUGCAUCCUGAGCAAGAUCGAGUACUGACGAUUCGUGAAAAUGCAAGACUCCAAGGUUUUCCUGAUUACUAUAAACUUUGUGGGCCCAUAAAAGAAAGAUAUAUCCAAGUCGGAAAUGCGGUUGCUGUACCGGUUGCUAGGGCACUUGGUUAUGCACUGGGAAUGGCAUUCCAGGGAUCUGCAAACAGUGAACCUUUGUUAACAUUGCCAAAGAAAUUUCCAAAUAUUGUGGAACAAAUAUCUUCAGAUUCUUCAAAAGACAAUGUUUGAUUUGUAUUGGCCAAAAUAGAAUACAACAUUCAUUCCAUUUGGCUGAUGAUUAUUUCUUCCAUUGUACUAUAUGAUACAUUCUUCAAUGAAUGCUCCUGUAUUGAAGACUAGAAGCAAAUGAAUCUUAAUAGUAAGGUUCCUUAGUUUUACUUGUA